CAGCAGCAGCAGCAGCAGCAGCUUUCACUUCAGAGAGCAGAGUCCCGGAGACAAGCCCAGCAGCAGAGACUACGAGAGAGGGAGGAAAAGUUCGCCAAAUGGAUUUCUCCGGUGGAGUCAGACCUUUAUUAUUUUCCUAUGUCCUCAUUAACGGCAUACUUAUCACAUUACAGAGUAAAGAAGAAGUUCUUUUGGAUAUGAUGGCAACUGGAAGUGAACUGGGCUGGUUGACAUGGCCGUUGGAUCAGGGAGACAAGCCCGGGUGGGAGGUUGUCCAGAGGACUGUGAAUGGCUCUCAGCUCUAUACCUACUCUGUCUGCAAUGUUGGCGAACGUGAGCAGGACAACUGGCUGCGCACCACCUUCAUCCAGCGGCACCAAUCGGCUUCGCGGGUUUUUGUUGAACUCCAGUUUAUUGUACGUGACUGCAACUCUUUCGAUGGUGCCUCGCUGACCUGCAAAGAAACCUUCAACCUCUUCACGUCUGAGUCGGAUGCAGACGUGGGGACUACCUUCCGCAAGGGCCAGUUUAAGAAAGUGGCCACCAUAGCGCCUGAUGAGAUCACCGGCAAAAAUGAAAUGCGCAUCAACACAGAGACACGAGUGGUGGAGAACCUGUCCCGUAAAGGCUUCUACUUGGCUUUUCAAGACAUCGGGGCCUGUGUUGCGCUCCUCUCUGUGAAGGUCUACUACAAAACCUGUCCGGCCACAGUGAAGAGCCUUGCAUCAUUUCCUGAGACUGUGGCCGGAGGUGAAAACCAUGCCCUCAGGGAAGUGAAUGGGGUGUGCGUGGACAACGCAGUGAGUGAGGAGUUGCCUCGCAUCUACUGCUCUGUGGAUGGGGAGUGGGUGGUGCAGGUCGGACAGUGCCAGUGCAGACCAGGCUAUGAAGAAGUCCAAGACGCCUGUCAUGAAUGUCAGCCUGGCUUCUUCAAAGCUCAUGCUGUCAGUGACAAGUGUGAGCCGUGUCCUGCCAACACCCAGAGGCUUAACACCGGGGCUCUGUUUUGUCCCUGCAUGGAUGGCUUCUACAGGGCCCCAACUGAUCCCCCUACUGGAGCCUGCUCAGGUCUUCCCUCUGCCCCACAAGAUCUCGUGGCCACGACCACCCAGCUCUCUGCAGGAAAGCUCCUCCUCUCCUGGAGCCCACCUGAAGACACCGGUGGUCGAACCGACAUCACCUACAGCGUUGAAUGCCAGCGCUGUGAGGGCACCACGUGUCAGCCGUGUGGAGAAAAAAUCCGCUACGAGCCCGCCAGCGUGGGCCUGACUGACACCAAGGUUUCAGUGAGCGAGCUGGACGCUCACCUCAACUACACCUUCACUGUGGAGGCACACAGUGGCGUGUCGCUGUUCGCGAGUCAGGCAACGCCGCGGGCUCAUAAACCGCCCUCCACCAGUGCUCUGACUACAUAUCUGCACUACACAGAUCCUCCCAAAAUCACAUCUAUACGACUGGUAGAGAGGACUUCCACCAGUCUGUCCCUUUCCUGGGACAUAUCACCUCAACCACGGGCCCAGCAUCGAGCCAUCCGCUAUGAAAUUACCUAUCGCAAGAAGGACGACAAGCUGGACGGGACGACCUACGUCGUGCACAGAUUUGAGAAAAACUCUGUCCAGAUCAAUGAUCUGACCUCGGGCACAGCCUACUUGUUCAGGGUGCAGGCCCUGGGCAGUGAUGGCAGCCCUGGAGGCUCCAGCAUGGAGGAACAGUUUGAGACUUCCUCUGAAGGACACCUUACUCAAAACAACACCGCAAUCAUCUUCAUCGCAGCAGUUGGAGCAGCAGCCAUGUUGUUCAUAGUGUUCGUGGUCCUGUUCCUUCGCAGACGGAAAAGAAACUCCCAUGCCAGACAGGGACCAGAGGACACCUAUUUCUCCAGCUCAGAUCAACUGAAGCCUCUGAAGACCUACGUGGAUCCACACACUUACGAGGACCCCAACAUAGCCGUGCUGAAGUUUGCCUCUGAAAUCCACCCCAGCCAUAUAACCAAACAGAAAGUCAUCGGAGUUGGAGAAUUUGGAGAGGUGUACCGCGGUAACCUGAAGGUGCCAGGGAGGAAAGAGGUGACAGUGGCAAUCAAGACACUGAAGCCUGGCUACACAGAGAAACAGAGGCAGGAUUUUCUAAGUGAAGCCUCCAUCAUGGGCCAGUUCUCCCACCAGAACAUCAUUCACUUAGAGGGGGUGGUCACCAAAUGUAAGGACUUCUUUAAGCACGCCAUGAUUGUGACUGAAUACAUGGAGAAUGGAGCGCUGGACAGAUACCUCAGGGACCACGACGGCGAGUUCUCCUCGUUCCAGCUCGUGGGCAUGAUGCGCGGCAUUGCUGCAGGAAUGAAGUACCUCUCUGACAUGAACUACGUCCACCGCGACUUGGCCGCCCGCAAUGUCCUCGUCAACAACACACUGGAGUGUAAAGUGUCAGACUUCGGCCUGUCUCGGGUGCUGGAGGACGAUCCCGAAGGGACUUACACCACAAGUGGAGGCAAGAUACCCAUCCGCUGGACGGCUCCAGAGGCAAUAGCAUACAGGAAGUUCACCUCAGCCAGCGAUGUGUGGAGCUUCGGUAUCGUCAUGUGGGAGGUGAUGGCUUUUGGCGAAAGACCUUACUGGGACAUGAGUAACCACGAGGUGAUGAAAGCCAUCAACGAGGCUUUCAGGCUGCCAGCCCCUAUGGACUGCCCGUCAGCCGUUUACCAGCUGAUGCUGCAGUGUUGGCUUCAGGAUCGUUCAAAGAGGCCACGUUUUGGAGACAUCGUCAGUCUGCUGGAUAAGCUGCUGCGGAGCCCGGACUCCCUGAAGACAAUCGCAGACUUUGACCCACGCGUUUCCAUUCGCCUGCCCAGCACCAGCGGCUCAGACGGCUCCCCCUUCAGGUCAGUGUCCGAGUGGCUCGAGUCCAUUAAGAUGAGCCAGUACAGCGAGAACUUCACCUGCGCUGGGAUCGUGACCAUGGACCAGAUUCUCCAGAUGAAGAACGAGGAUAUUAAGAACAUCGGGGUGAGGCUCCCUGGCCAUUUGAAAAGAAUUGCCUACAGCAUUUUGGGCUUAAAGGACCAGACCAGCACCCUGAGUGUGUUUGCAGUGUGAUCCUGGCAACGGUGGACAUUAUAAUCAGGCACUGAAGCAGGAAGCCCUUUGAACUCAAAGCUGAGCUGGAGCAAAACUGCAGGGACGGCGUCGGAUCGGCCAAGACCAGGAGAAAUAUCCUGCCAUCUUUUGGGGGCCGACUGAAACACAUUCACUCACUGUACAUUGUAUUUCUUCACCCUAUCCACACAGGAAUGGAGCAAAACAUUCAGCAGUAGAUGACUCCAUUAGACUCUGUAUAUUUAGAUAUCUAUUUUUAUUACCCAUGCCUUCUGUACAGAUACAAUUCAGCGCCAGUGCUUUUAUUGUGUUUUUUUUUUUUUUUUCUUCUUCAUUUCGCAUUCCGGCUCCAUAAAAAAACAACAAUCAAUCCAGUUCUAGGAACAGCUCCAGUGCGUCCCUGAGCUUGUUUCCUCCUGUGUCAAACAAACAAGAGAAGCACAGUAAGCGUGAUAGUUAGUAUGGCUGCAGUGGAAUCCAGGCCCGGCUCAGUUUGUGGUUGGUGCUGAUGUCAUAGCGUCUUCCUUUAAUUGGCACUUUGGUCCCUUUUCUUGUCGGACCAAUGAGGAUGGAGCUAAAAAGAGCUUGAGCUGGCCUGGAGCUGAAGAGAUGGUGCUGCUUAGGUGUGUAAACACAAACUGACCUGGUGCUGUGACAGACCGUAUGUCUGCUGGUGCCACGCUGAAAUUUAAGCUAUAGUCAAACUAAACUCAUACUCAUGUUAGAACCUUUUUUUUUUUUUGCGGUACUCUUUGUGUACAGUUUUUCUUCUUCAUUUCUCUUCACAUUUGGUUCGAUUGCCAAAAAUAUUGCAAACUUAAAUGUAGCACUUGGACCAAGAAUCACACGGUCUUUCUUGGUUCGCCUCUGAUUUGGGACCACACUCAAGCUAGCCGAGCUAAAGGAACGGUAUCAAAGUGACGUAACUGUAUAGAUUAAAUUAAAAUGAAAGUUUCAAUUCGAGUGCAGUGCAUCUGUUUGUAGCAUGCCGGUAAUGAAGAGGGAGAUGGUGAAAUUUGCCCCGCCCUGAGAAAGAAAACAAUCACUGUGUUUCACUGUGGUUGAAAUGAUUUCAUACUUAAUAAUAGUUUGGUUUGCAAUUUCAAUGUCCCAGUUUGUUUGGAAGAAACUAGGCUGAACGAAAUAUCCAUUCAUAUUUCUGUUUCGGUUCGAGUCCCGUUGAGUUUCUGAUGAAAAUAAACUGUAAAUUAAACUACAAGCUUUGACAGUUUAAAAGCAUUGAUAUGUUUGUUUUGUGGGAGCAGGAGUUUGUCUCCUCCGUAAUGAAAUGGCUCUACAGAAUAUUGGGGAUCAUGUAGUGGAUCUUCUCUUCAUUGAUGACUGCAAAUCAUUGUGUUACUGAUGUGCACCUUCCUUUACUUGAAUUAUAACUCUAUUUUCAAAUGUGUCUGUAAUUCUGUUUCAGCUGAUGGAUCUUUGAAAAAGGGAUUUUCUUUUGUUAUUACGCUGGUUUUGUUGAUUGCAAUUACACUUUGUACAUUUUUGUAUGAUUUCACUUUCUGCCCUUUUACCACCAUGAUUUUUGAUUUUUAAAGCUAACAUCACGUGGUGUCUCCUACUUUCAAGACAUUUUGAGAGUUCCCUCAUCAAAGAGCAAACUCCUCCCCCUUCUCUUGUUGUUUUAUACUGUAUUUAAUAGUCUAUUUAUUUUUUACUUUUAUUUAUUUAUCCUGAGAAACACUGAGCUGGGAUUAUAACUGAAGUUUGCUCUCUCUCAUUCUUAAUAAUAAUAAUGACAAUAAUAAUAAUAAUAAUAAAAAAGCUUUAAUGUC